GAAGCUGCAGCUCUGCGCGCACACUCACGGAGAUCCGAGAAUUGGUGUGAUGGAGCGAAGGCACUCAGCACAGCUCUGUACAAAAAGGCAACAAUGUGACCAGUAUGCAAACAGCACGGAUCGUACUGGAAACUUGACACAGCACCAAAGAACACACACAGGAGAGAAACCUUUCAAGUGCACUGUGUGUGAGAACACAUUUGCACAUCCAUCACUUCUUCAGAGGCACCAGAGAACACACACGGGAGAGAAACCUUUCAAGUGCACUGUGUGUGAGAAGGCAUUUGCACGGUCAUCAGUUCUUCAGAGGCACCAGAGAACACACACAGGAGAGAAACCCUUCAGGUGCACUGUGUGUGAUAAGGUGUUUGCACAGUCACCACAUCUUCAAAGACACCAGAGAAUACACACAGGUGAGAAACCCUUCAGGUGCACUGUGUGUGAGAAGGCAUUUGCAGACUCAUCAGUUCUUCAAAGACACCAGAGAAUACACACAGGUGAGAAACCCUUCAGGUGCACUGUGUGUGAGAAGGCAUUUGCAGACUCAUCAGUUCUUCGGAGACACCAGAGAACACAUAGGCAUCCGGAGAUUCCUAAGGAGGGGAGUUUGAAAUCGACUUGUGAAAGCCAAAGUGCUGCAAUUAGCCCUUCCCUCAUGAAACAUGAUCCAGACGAAAAUCCCAGCUUUGACACUUGGAAAGGUAUCAAGAUGAAAUAUGAAGACGCGAAGGUGAAGUGUGAAAAAGUGACAGUAAAGAGCAAAGAAGUGAAGGUAAACUGUGAAGAUGAAGAUUCAGCUCGAAAAUCAGACCUUCACAUCGAUGGAGGCAACGUGAAGCAGGAGGAGAAUUCUGAUUCUGAGGCAGAGCGAGGCAACUCCCCGAAGUUUGUAGAAGUGGAGGUGUGGGUGGACUUCUUAGACAAUACAAAGUCAAAUGGAGACCCUGUGGAUGUGUAAGCUUGACACAAUGAACUUCCAAUAGGUUCAUCUUUGUCACAGGCCUUUAAUGAAAAUAAUGUGAAGAUGAACACUCAAUUCCUAGGUUCAACCUGCAGCGUAAGAGCGGCGAGUAUUUGUAGAUCUGUCGGUUGGGUAGAUGUCUAACCAGAAACGAGAGCCAAUAAGCUCCCAAGCCUUCACUAUGUUAUAAUAAUAUUUGCAUUCAUAUGGUGCUUGCUUAAUUGGCCAUAAUAGAGGUUUUUUGGAUUAGAUCGCGUAAAUAUCAAUGUUUCGUUAAACUCGCCACUACCCAAUUGGUUCUGUGCUAGUAUAGUGUAAUAGUGCAGACUAUUGUCCAGCAACGGCAACUGCGGUGGACGAACAGUACACACGCCGGUGAGCAUAUACAUAGGGUGUUGGCAGGGUGGAGGAACUGUGGCAAGGGUCACGGAAGCCCCCAUCUGGAAGCCCCUAGAAUCUGCUAGUGGGUUUGAGAAGGGAGGCGCGGCCAGGGCAGAGCCAGGCCGCGCUGGGUAGCAUAAAAGCAGCUGAGAGCGGGAGCUCAGGGUUGCCGGUUCUGGGAGUGGGCUCGUCUCGUCGUCGCUGUCAUCUUCGCCGCCUUUGUUGCUGCCGUCUUUGCUAGAUUUUGCGUUGCCGGAUAGUUGUUGGCUGUCUCGGUCAGCGCCAUCGGUGUUAGCCGGUCACGGUUGUGUUAAGGCUAGGCUAGACAACUAUGAAGAGUGCGAUGGUCAACCUGUGAAGGUGUUAAUAAAGAAGGUGCCCCCUGAGAAACCUUGUUUUCAGCUACAAUAACACUACAACUGGUGUCAGGAGUGGGGUGAAGAAAGAACCCACCUAUAGUGUCAGAGGACUGGAACGGUGAAAUAUUCAUCCUCCCGGCAGCCCCGGGACUUCGGUUACAAAGCCCAAUGGUAGAGAGAGAGCGGCUGCGGAUCGGCGGGACAGCGGUUGUGGAUCGGCGGGAGAGCGGCUGCACAUCAGUGGGAGAGCGGCCGCGGAUCGGCGGGAGAGCGGCGGCGAAUCCGUGAGAGAGGAGCCCCAUCCUCCGCGGUCACGCGCCGAGCACGCGUCAUAGCCGAGGACCGUCAUGUUGAGGGGAGCGUAGGAUGGUGCGUGAGGCGCGUCGUGGCUAGCGGCACGGAAAGAAGUCACAAGGGGACCCUGGCGGCGGUCCCAUCAAUGUGGGAGCGGAGGAGCCUGGACUGGGGACCGCGCAUGUGGUGGGCACCAUUUUGCCCAUGGAGGGCCUGGCAUGGCUGGUGGGGGCUAUUUUUCGAAGAGCGUGGGACAGCGCUGGAGGGGCACCGGAGUCGAUGGCACUGCAAGGGGUAAUUUUUGGCCUACCGCGCGAUGCCCGCACGAGGUUUCGCCAGCGGAAGCGAGGGGAGGCUGAGAUGCCCUUUGCUUUCCGGGAGGCGCUGCUGGCGCUGGGACGGAAAGCGUACCCCCAGAUGGGUGAGACGGCGCUCGACUCCUUGGCAACGGAAGGGUUGUUGGCGCUGGCGCGGGAGUCGGGGAUCGUCCUGCCCUUCGCUGAAGGCAUGGGGAUCAUGUCCUUGAAGGUGGCCCAGGAAAUUCAGGGUCACAAGACCUGCCAGCAUUGGCCCAAAGUGGAGGCUUGGCCAUGGCAGGAGGAAGACAUGGUGGCUGUGGUGUGUAGCUGGGGGAUUCACGGGAGAAGGCCCUCGCAGGUGGGUUGGUAACCACGGGGCAGCCCCCUCUGCCCUGGGGUCCCACGGCCGAGUGUUUCAGGUGUGGUUGGCCGGGCCACAUCGCCAUAGCAUGCUGGGGUGUCAGCAGGGCGCCGGCAGCGCCACCGAUGCCCUCCAACCCGCCAGCAACGUCUUCCCAAGCUCCACCGGAUCCGAGUCUCUGAUGCUUUCUGAGACGGGCGUGUGCAAAGUGUCAGGGGCUGGAUCUGAUUAGAUGCUACUGUGGAAUUCAGGAGGGGCCGCGCCCUUUAGGCUAUUGUUUUUUUUGUUGCCAUUAUUCGGAAUCCCAAGGAAUGCAAGACCCUGCCAAGGCGGGGUUGACCAGUGUCAAGGACCGGCUCACAUUAGCUAUGUUCCAGUAAAUACAGACUCUACCUUGUAAGGUGGGAUUCGGAGGGGUUGUGUAUGUUGUUUGGGUUGCGUAUGUUGUUUCGGUUGUGUUAUCGGUUCGCGGUGUCGGGGGGUGGUGUCGCGGUUGUGCGGUCCCCGACGGGGUUCUUGCUCACACCGCGGUUGCGCUGCGUGUUGUCAGUUUGCGGGGGGUGCCGCUGGUUGUCCGUUUUUGUUGACGGUCUGCGGGGGGUACCGGGGUUCUUCUAUGUGGUUACGGUUCACGUGAGAAGCUGCGGUUGCACUCGAUGGGAAGUAUUGCAACUGAAGUACUCUUGAAGACGCGUGGACAACGUGGUAAGGCACACGUAUUUAUUUGCACAAUGUCUUACAGCACUGGAGGGAUGUAUCGGCCCCCUCACCCGUAACACUGGGAAUUCACCCCUAGCUAGCCUUCCUAGCCGAGUCCUCCGCUAACGGGCUAGGGGAGGCUGUCUGGCCCGACACUGGUCAGUCGGGCUACGGUACCCGGAAUCCCAGAGGUCUACCUCUGGUUCCGGGACCACACCACUGGCUCCAGCCUGCGCUGCCCUUACAAGGGCGGCGUCCCAGGGGGAGUCCAGGGCCUAUCUGGCCGGUCUUCUGUCUUCCCUUAACUACACUAAGACUGAGCCCCGAGCUCUCUGGCUCAUCCCUUUUUAUACCCCCCUAGAGGAUCGAAACCCCCCUCACGCCGUCCAGUGCGGACGUCGUUGCGGGCACCACCCCGUGUGCUCACGGAGUCCCCGCCCACUGUGUUUGUUAUCCGUUAGCCCCUAUGCAAACAGCCCUACACAAACAGCCCCUCUGUAACAGCCCUACAUCACCCCCCCCUGUACAGCUCGCAGCCGUCCCGGCUGCAACAACUUUAAUAAAGGCUAUUUAACCCCAGGAUCCCCGCGUGUGCCUUAAAAAAACGUUUUUAACGCUAACAUGAAGGAAACAACAGCAACAACGACAACAACAACAACAAAACCCACAACCCCGAAGGGAACAAUCCGACGCACCCCCCCUGAAUAAAUACGAAUACCGUAAGAGCGACGCAUAUAUACAGGUUAAGCAGGGAACUCGCAGCACACAUGCAACACAACAAAAAAAAUGUGGUAGGAGCUCCCCACCGGCGCAGCACCACGCAACCGUACGUAAGAGAGAGGAAAAAAAAAUGUUCGUCCAAUGCAUUAUAAGAGUCUGCGCAUUUUUGCGCGUGUCCUUGCUGCAGGCCCGUCACACGGGGCAAUCCCGGGUGGCGAACCCGCCGGUGGCGGUUGUUUGUUUUGUAUAGAGUCCGCGUCUGACGUCGCGGGAACCUCGGCGUCCCUUGCAGCAGUAGGUGGGUGCGAGCUCGUCAGUCCCGGUGCACCUGUGGGCGGGACAGCCGGCGACACGUCAGGCGAGGGCAGUGAGGACGGAUCCCCUGAGUCGGCCGACCCCCCACAUGUUCGGCCAUGCGUGUGUGGAGUGGGGCCUGGCACCGCAACGAAUGGUUUUAGCCUCGAGGGGUGCACAAACCACCGGCGCUUCCCCCAUUUGAUGUGGACACACUGAGGCCGCAGAACCUCGACCACCUCCACGGGCCCCCUCCACGGCCGCGCCAGUUUAGGGGAUGUUGCGAGCGGUACCUGGGGGCAGUGCAGCCAUGCUCUGUCCCCUGGCUUCCACUGCAGCACGUGCGCGCGACCCAGUCUGAGGCGCUCGUUAGCUUUUUGACGCUGUUCCGAAUUUAACAUGGCAGCAUCCCGUGCCUCCGCCAAUUUUUCAAGGUUAAAUUUGACAUGGUCAAUUAAUUUAGUUUUUCCUAGUGGUGUGGGGAUCUGCAGCUGCGCCCGAAUGGGUGGGUCAGGGUCGCGCCCAUACAUGAGGAAGAAUGGCGAAAAUCCCGUUGCAGCAUGGGGGGCCAAUCUGUAUGCUGCCAAGACCCCUUGGAUUUUCAAGUCCCAAUCCGUCUGUGAGUCCGAAACCUGCUGUGAUAACAUAGACGAGAUGGUACGAUGCAAACGCUCGACCAUCCCGUCAGUUUGCGGGUGAUAGGGGGAAGUACGAACCUUUUUCGUUCCUAGGAGCUCACAAACCUGUUGGAGGAGUUUUCCGGAAAAAUUUCUACCCUGGUCGGUCAGCAGCCGUUCCGGGGCACCUUUGUCCAUGACAUAGCCUUGGACAAAGGCGUCGACGAUGGCUGCUGCCGACUGAUUGGCCAGGGGCCAGGCCAUAGGCCAGCGCGUAAAAUACUCGACCCCGGUUAACAAGUAUCUGUUUCCCCUAGGGGUGGCGGGGAAUGGGCCCAGAAUAUCCAGCGCGACAAGUUCGUUUACUCUGGAGACCCUGAUAGACUGCAAGGGCGGGUUAGAUUCUCGCGCUGGUGGUUUCCGCUGUGCACACCUCGGGCAUGAAGCCAACAGAUCAGGGACAUCCCUUGUCAUUCCUUGCCAAAAGAAAUCACGCUGGAGCAAGGCGAGGGUCUUUUGGGUACCCAGGUGGAGGAGGCGCUCAUGAGCAGCCCACACCACCCUACCCCGUAAGCCCGAAGGGACCACCAGCCGGUGUCGGUGGGAUUUCCCGUCCCAGUGCAACAGCAACCCCGCGUGCAUUUCCCAUGCGUCGGCAUCACCCGAUCCCCGCCCUGCCUCCCCGGCGCGACGACGCAACGCGAGGAGGGAGGCAUCCUCCAUCUGGAGGCGCCCCCAUUCCUGGAUGUGCAAACCCAACAGGGAAUCUUUCCCUUGUUGUUCAAUGGAACUCAGAACAACUGUCCCGCCGUCGGCGGCGGCCGCAAGGCCCGGAACCGACAUGUCCCCUGCUGGUUUGCAACGUCCCGACCCCAGGAGGCACGCGCAUUCCGGGGUGGUUGGCAUGCGCGACAGAGCGUCCGCGUUGGUGUGGCGAACGCCCUUACGGUAUGUGGUAUCAAACUCAAAAUCCUGGAGGAUCUCCAACCAUCGGGACAAUUGUCCCGAUGGUUGUUGAACUCGCAGGGCGUACUGCAGUGCCGCAUGAUCUGUGCGGACGGUGAAACGCCGACCGCACAGAUAUGGGCGAUAUUGUUGGACGAAAUAAACAAUUGCCAACAGUUCUCUGCGUGUAACACAAUAUCUUUGCUCUGCUUGAGACAACACCCGACUGCCGUACGCAACCACCCGUUCGACGCCGUCAACCACCUGGGAAAGCACGCCCCCAAUACCCGUGUUGCUCGCAUCGGUGUCGAGCAGGAACGGCUUUGAAAAAUCAGGGUAGAUCAGGGGAGGAGCUUUAACCAAGGCGUCCCGAAGGGAGCAAAAAGCAGCCUCCUCCUCUCGGCCCCAGUGGAACCGAACCCCCUUUGAUGUUAAUGCAUGUAGGGGUUUGGCAAUUGUUGCAAAGUCGGCGACGAACCGUCUGUAAUAUGACGCGAAGCCGACGAAACUCCUGACCUCUCCCACCGUGGUGGGAGUCGGCCAGGAGCUGACACACUGCGUUUUGGCGGGAUCGGUAGCAAUACCCGAGCGCCCUACGAUGUGGCCCAAAUAAUGCACGGAAUCGCGUAAUAAAUGACACUUUUGGGGCUUGAACUUCAAAUUAGCAGCCCGCAUCUUUAGGAAAACCGCCCGCAACCUCUGGAGAUGUUCGUCAAAAGUUUUAGCGAAAACAAUAACAUCAUCCAAAUAAAUCAGGCACGACUCCCAUUGCAAUCCAGCCAAAACCAAUUCCAUCAACCGUUGGAAGGUUGCCGGCGCUGAGUGUAAGCCCAUCGGCAACCGGUUGAAUUGGAACAGGCCGUGCGGUGUACGGAAAGCAGUUUUAGGUUUCGAUUCAUCAUCCAGAGGAAGCUGCCAGAAUCCCGAAAGUAAAUCCAGCGUGGAGAAGAAUCGCGCUCCCGCCAAGGCGUCCAGCGAUUCGUCCAUCCGUGGGAGCGGGUAUGCGUCGGCAACCGAGAUUUUGUUAAGGCGCCGAAAAUCAACGCAAAACCGCAACGAGCCGUCCUGCUUCUUAACCAGGACGAUCGGCGCUCCCCAAGGGCUGGUAGAGGGAGAAAUAAUGUCGGCGGCUAACAUGUCAUCCACAGCCAAUUUGACAUGGUCCUUUUCGGCGGGACUCAACCGAAACGGAUUUUGGCGAAUUGGCGCUGUCACCCGUGUCAAUAUGGUGACGCAGCAGAUGAGUGCAACCCAAAUCGUAUUUAUUCCGACUAAAAACGUCGGAAAAUUCCUGCAGUAGCGAUCUAAGCUGUUGGCGCUCUGAAUUCGACAGGUCCGUCGAUCCCGCACAAAGCGCGUCGAGCCACCCGUCAUCGCUGUCCGAAUGUGGGUGCAGUCGGGUGGCGGUGCCGACCUGAUUCGCAACCGGUUCCUCGCAGGGCAUCGGCGUCGCGUGCGCAAGCACCGUCCCUCGAGGAACCACAACAGGUUGCGAUCCCACAUUGAGGACCGCGAUGAAAGGAUCCCCAUCUCCCCUCACAACGGUCAGGGCCGGACGCAAAUGCGGUCCACUAACCCCGGCCCUAGACGGUCCCAACAGUAUUCCCUGGGCCCCGAUACCCUCCGCGAAGGGCCGACGAAGUUUUAGGGGUACCAACAUCUGAGCCCCCGGCGGCACACGAACGGUUUCGACGACGGACGCAGGUAUAGUUACGCACGCCGUCCGAAUCACAGAAGGGGAGGGUAAAAAUGCCAUGCGCCGUCCCGACGGGAGCUCAAUGCAUCCCUGGUCUAUUAAAAUACGGAUCGGCAUUCUACCCAAGAAGUCCGUCCCCAGCAGGCACGGAACCGCCAGCGAGGAGGAAACAAAAAUCGGGCCUGAUAAUUUGAUAUCCCCGAUACAAAUUUGCGCUCGAAUUUGCCCAAUAAUACCCAGGGAGCCCCCAUUCGCCGCGUAGAAUGGGACAUCAACUGGUAGCAAGGGGCGGCUUUUGACAGGCAAAAUGUUGUAAAUCAAAUCGGAAAUAAUGGUCGCCGAUGCCCCCGUGUCAACCAGGAUGCGUACCUCGACCCCGUCAAUAAGUCCCACGACGGCCGACGACCCUGACGAUGCGGCCACAACGCGACGGGCCAACGCGGACCACUGCCCGGGCUCGAUUCGAGUCCCCACAGUGGUACGCGCCGGCCCGUCGCGCUGCGACGUCGUCCCCCCAUUCGUUACGAUGCGAGAGUGUGCGACAGGUGUGUGUGUUGGCCGAACAUGUGUGGUGUCGCGACUCGCCGGAUCAUGUUGAUGAAGCUUGGGAGGAG